UCCACUGUUCCUAACUUCCUCAACGUUCCCAAUUGCUCGAUUCCUAAUCAUUGGCCCGCCUGGAGAUAAGACCGCCAGAUUCAAUUUCACCAAAAAAUUCGUCCAAUUUUCAAAAAAAAAAAAACGAAAAACAACAAAGAUAAUCAGCGAACGGUGAAAGAGGGUACCGUGGGUCGCGUUGCGUGCGCUGAGAGCCAGCAACAAGGAAUCUACAAAGAGUUUAGGCGAUUCUACUUGUUAUCUAGGGUUACGAAUUGUAUGAAUUUGAUACGAGUUUUAGCGAAUCAAGGAGGAGCUUCUUUUAUCUUCGUCGUCCUAGUUGUCAUCGCCGGAUGUGAUUAUAUUCAUAGAUAGACUACAUAGAUGUUCUCGUACAAUUUGAAGGGGUUUAUCUUGGCCGUCGUUUCCAGUGCUUUUAUUGGCUCCAGCUUCAUUAUUAAGAAAAAGGGCCUCCGUCGAGCCGCGGCCAACGGCCGUCCUGCCGGUGUUGGAGGAUAUGGUUAUCUGCUCGAGCCUCUCUGGUGGGUCGGAAUGAUUACGAUGAUUGUUGGAGAGGUCGCCAAUUUUGUGGCUUAUAUUUACGCUCCUGCGGUGCUUGUGACACCACUUGGUGCUUUGAGUAUUAUUGUCAGUGCUGUCUUAGCACAUUUCUUGUUGAAUGAGAAGCUCCGAAAAAUGGGCAUCUUGGGGUGUCUUCUGUGCAUAGUUGGAUCCACUAUUAUUGUACUCCAUGCACCCCAAGAGCGGCCUAUUACUUCUGUACUAGAAAUAUGGGAAUUGGCCACUCAAACAGCUUUCCUCUUGUAUACGGCUUCAGCUGUAGCUGUAUCACUGGUAUUGAUCUUAUAUUGUGCCCCCCGAUGUGGCCAAACUAAUGUCUUUGUUUAUGUUGGGAUAUGCUCUGUAAUUGGGUCCUUGACAGUCAUGAGUGUAAAAGCUAUUGGCACUGCCAUCAAACUUACAUUAGAGGGAAGAAACCAGGCUGUAUACUUCCAAACAUGGAUUUUUGCAAUGGUUGCUGUUACCUGUGUCAUAAUUCAGUUAAAUUAUCUUAAUAUGGCACUGGAUACUUUUAACACAGCAGUUGUUUCUCCCAUCUAUUAUGCCUUGUUCACAUCUUUUACCAUAUUAGCCAGUGCAAUCAUGUUUAAGGACUAUAAUGGUCAAAGUGCAAGCAGUAUUGCAUCCGAGCUUUGUGGUUUUAUUACUGUUUUAUCUGGAACAACUGUAUUGCACAGUACAAGAGAACCUGAUCCUCCAGCCAAUAUAGAUUUGUACACACCAUUGUCUCCAAAAGUGAAAAGGUAUGUCCAAGGCAAUGGUGAACCUUGGAAACAAAAGGAGGAAGAUGGAGCACCAUUUAAUUUGAUCACAAUAGUACGGCAAGACCAUUUUAAGUGACAGUAAGAGACUUAAACUGCUUAAAGUCAGGCCCAUCCCGUGACAUCCUGCCAAUGGGGUUCAAGCCGUGUUACGAUGUUCUAUCAAUUUGGUUUAGCAGGAGACUUACAUUGUGCAGGCAUAGAGAGGGUGGUGUCUCUUUCACUCUCCCCAAUACACGUGCAAUGGAGAAAAUUCCCUGGUUCUGGGGUUGACCACGUGGUGGAUGCUAAUGUGAUUUUUCAGACUGAUUAGUUAAUGGGGGAUGGGGACUUUCAUACUUUUGUACAGAGAAUCUAUCAAUUUUGCUAUUUUCUCUGACUUUGUAAGUUGAGAGGCUUUGAUGCUGCAUGGCUUAUGGCUUGAACAGAUCUGGCUCGCUAAAUUGGGGUUGUACCCUUUUUCUUUCUUUGUUUUUUUUAAAUGAAGUUCUAAUGUUCUACUGCA